GUGUGCUGGAGAUUUGUUUACCCCAAGACCCAAAUCCUUAUGGUGAAUUGCUUAUUAGCUUAGAGCUUCACAUUCAUCCAUACAGUCCUGGCUAGCCUAACACAUGUUCUGAAUAUGUGAGACAAGCAGAUAUAUCUGCUGAUUUAUUUUCCCAUUUUGAUAUUUUAAAAAUAUAUUUGUUUCUGUGCUCACCUCUCCCACCCCUUUUAGAACAGUAGUGGGCCUAAUCAAUUCAAAAUGUUACAUUUUUGCAUUCCGCUUGUCAUUAACAAAAGUCCUCUAAUCAUAAUGGAUGUUUCCUCCUAAAUUGUGUUAUAAUUAGUGUUAAUCACACCAGUUAAAUGUUAACAUGAUUGCUAGAUUUGUUGAGCUCCUCUGCAAGCAGCUCCUUAUCAAAAUACAGUGGAGACAACGAGGGGGACUUGGAUGACACCAUUAUAUUGCAGCAUAGUGCUACAAGAGAGACAGCUGAGGAUAAUCGUCUAUCUCAUAUGAUUGAAGACAUUCUGAAGAACAAACCUGGAGGAGAGAGGAUCAUGAAUGAGUAUGCUCGGACAAAAAGCCUAACAGAUAGCAGAAGACGCGAUAUGGUCACGAUAUUGGUUGCACAAAUGACAAGUGAACAUGGGACAAGUCCUUCAAGGCGUGUUAAAGAGGACUACGCAAAGGGCAUCAUUGCCUUGUUCCCAUACCUGGUCGAUCCUAGGAGCAAGUUUGGUUAUGAGCAUUAUUGCAAUGCAGAAGAUGGGAGUGGAUAUCUAGCAUGGAGACUGAAAUGUGUUCAAAGGGAAGCAUCAGAGGGACGACAGAAGGCCAUGCGUCAGUCACUGACAUGCAAGUGAUUUUGAUUGUAGUUAGUCUCAUUCAUGACACAUGACCAGAGAAUAAUUGUGUGAACAUCUGUAUAAGCAAGUGUUUCUUACUCUCUUACUCUUUUAGUAUUUCUUAGUAUCAAUUCUGUUUCUGAGUCAAGUAAAUCCUACUUUUCAUCUGGUGACAUAACUGCAUGCAUGGCCACCCUUGCAGAGUUUCCGAGCAUUGUUUUUUAUAUCUUAUGACACAAUAUUGUAUACUUGUAUAGAGCAGACAAACCCAGCAAUCUGUAAAUGUUUCACCAUGUUACAAGUGGUCCAAAAGCUGAUAGAGACCCCUUCAGAGAGGAAAGCUGUUCAACAACAGAAAGCCUGUGUUGUGAGGCCAUUGCACUGAUGAAGGAUACGGCUGAGGAAGCAAUUGUAAAGGAGAAGAUGAAGCAGACGUUCGCCUAUCGCCAAAAGAUGGUUCAUGACCCAGUGAAGUCCUCUGAAAUAUUCACAGCUUUUCCAAGAUUCCAAGACAUAGCAGGAAUGAUUGAGCAAGAUUUUAGGCUGAUGUUUGGUGAUGCAACCUCCGCAAAGUUCCUGGAGAAGUGGCCUACUCUCUACAAGCAGAAAGUCAUUGACCAAAGCCGUGGCCUCACACAGACAGGCAACCUGCAAGACCUGGUUCAAAAUGCUGAAUCCACAAGAGAAGUGAAAAAUGGAUGGGACAGUGAUAUGUCCUCCAUUUUGGUCCUUGUCCACCUUCUUCCACCGUCACCUCUUGGCCGCAAGAGACCAGGAAAAAUCUCAGCCAGACACGCCAGUGACCACAUUGUGAAGUUUAUCAAGACUGGGACCAGCAUCCAGGGGCAUCUGGAGAGCGUCAUGGAAAGCUUUCAACCCUAUCUGCUUGCUGUGGGGACCCAGAGGAGUGCGAUUCACAAGUACUUCAUUGUGAUUGACAAACAUGCAAUACCUUGUAAGUCACCAGACACUCUUGCCUGUUUUGAUGAGCUUUUCAAAGCUCAUUUUGUCUUUGGUACCUCGUACAACCAGGAUCUGGUAAAUGUGUACAAAUUCUUGCAAACCACAAUUUAUGAAAUUGAUGUUGAUACCUCUAAGGUUAAUCCUAGGGUUGCAGAGUUGCGGGCUCGGAUGCUGCAUUGAGUUGCUAAAAGUUUUGAAGUUGCAAAGGGUUAAAACACAGCAUAGGAAAUAACCUUUUUCAUUUCACACGUCAUCUAAAAUGUUGUGUUUUGCUUG